GCAACACGCGAAAUCAAUGUUUUUCUGCAUCGCCCAAAACAGCUGGUCACAGAGGCUUUGUUUCUCCUUUUCUUCGCCACUUUUCCUCGCCUUUCCGUGCAUUUCCCAAUCGAUGGAGUAGCUGAAGUCGCGGUGGGUCAGCUGAAUAAUUGACCACGAGUGAUUGUGUGUUGUGAAGUGGUUGCAAAUACCAAAAUGCGCGGCAAAUUGUCGGAGAACCUGGAGUUUUGGGUGACCAAUCUGCCGGACCCGCUGAAGGACACUCCGGUGAUCAACCUGGCCAUUCCGGGGACGCACGAUUCCAUGACGUACGACAUGCGGGCGUUGAGUCCAGUGGCGCCGGACGCCGAGGCGUGCGUUCACUGGCUGCACAAAGUCAUUCCGUGCGUGAUCAAGCGCUGGGCGGUGACGCAAAAGCUGUCGCUGCACGAGCAGCUGCUCAACGGGAUUCGCUACUUGGACUUCCGGAUUAGCUUCCGUCGCCAGGAGCAGCGCUACUACUUCGUGCACGGCCUGUAUUGCGAGGAGAUUGUGGAUCCUCUGCAGGAGAUCCGCGACUUCCUGGACAGCCACCCGGGCGAGGUGAUCGUGCUGGACAUCCAGCACACGUAUCAGUUCGAGGAGAAGAACCACGUUGAGCUGAUGGCGAUGCUGACGGACGUCCUGGGCCAGAGAGUGUGGCCUCGGGAUGGCCGACUGCUGCGCCACUGGACGCCCAGAGUGGCGGAGCAGACGGGCCAGCAAGUCGUGAUCAUCUACCGGAAUGCGCAGGCGCACGGCGUGAGCAACUUCUGGACGAGCGACGACUGGCCGACGCCGUGGCCGAACGAGACAAACGUGGGGCGCCUGCAGAAGUCCCUGGAGAGAGGCCUGGCCUCACGCUCGCCCCACAAAGGCUACGUCACGCAGUGCGUGCUCACGCCCAACAUCUCUUACACCGUGCCGCGCUUCCUGUCUUCCCUCCAGCGCACGUGCGCGCGCAAGGUCUUCCGGAAGCUCCUCUCGUGGAUCGCCGCCCAGCGUCCGGGCGUCUGGCGUCCCGGCGACGCGCCCACAGUCAAUGUCGUCCUGGCGGACUUUGUGGAGAUUCAGGACAGUGAAUUCUGCAAGAUUGUCGUCGAUCUCAAUCUCAAGAUGCACACGGCAAAGAUCAUCACGAUGGAAUCCUCCGCAUGAGCCGCAAAGCCCAGAACUUUAGCUACACUUCGACGUUCAUAUUCUCUUGCAUUGUGAUAAAGUUUAUUUAUUAUUUGACCUAAUUUGUUGUGAUUGUGGAGCUCAAAAUGUACGAUAUUCUAAAUGAUUUAUCAUUCCACUCUGGCUCUUUGCUUUGCAGCUUUAAUGCCAAAAAACGACCUAAAAAAUACCCAAACUUAAGCUUAGGUCUUGUCUUGUGUAAGAUCACCAGUCAAUAUAUUAGAAAUACAGCUCUUUUC